UCCCAUCCUGCCUCCCCUGUUCUUGCUCUCCACCCUCAUCCAUCCGGUGGGGUCAUCAGCUCCAAGGCAGCUCCUCAGCCCUCCCAGUUCCAGUUCCACUUCUCUCAGAGGACAGCAGGCUGCCCUUGAACUUGUGGCGAUCCUCCUACCUUAGAUUUUUGAGUGCUGGCAUUGAGGAACGAUGACUCAAACUACAGUCACCGUGAACGGAGUCGAUAUGACCUCUGUACUCCCUCCGUCCACUCAGUUCACCCACAUCAACAUCCACAUCCAUCAGAAGUCUGUUUUGGAGCAGCUGCUGAAAGCUAUGGGCUCCCUAAAGAAGUUUCUGUCUCGCCCUCGGGAUACUAGGCCAUCCAAGACCAGCAUAAGCCAUGGGCAACUAACUCUAGGGGUGACCCAGAUAUUGCUGGGGGUUGUGAAUUGUGCUCUUGGAGUGUGUCUGUACUGCGGGCCAUGGAUUGAGCUGCGUGCCUCUGGCUGCGCCUUCUGGGCUGGGUCUGUGGCAAUUGUAGCGGGAGCAGGGGCCAUUGUCCAUGAGAAGCGGAAGGGCAAACUGUCGGGCCAUGUAUCAUGUCUGCUCACCUUGGCUUGCAUUGCUACAGCUGUGGCUGCUACUGUUCUGGGUGUAAGGAGUUUAAUCUGGCAAAUGAGCGACACGUACUACACGGAUAUCAGUUCCUCGUGUGACGCCUCAAGUGACGUCUCUAGUAUAGACAGUGGGUACAGGAUAAUGGAACUCAGUGACUAUUCAGACUGGAGGAGGGAGGUGUGCAGAAGAUACAUGAGGAUGAUGAUGAACAUGUUCCUAGCGUUCUGUAUCCUGCUCACAGUUGUCUGUAUUCUGAAGAUCGUUGUAUCUUUGGCUUCCCUGGGAUUGAGUCUGCGAAGUGUGUGUGGCCAGAGCCCCCGGCCCCUGGAUGAGGAAGAGUCAGACAAGAAGCUCCUGGGCGGGAAUUCAACACCCCCCUCUCCCAUCAAGGAGAAGAUCCCUGUCGUCCUGUGAACAGCUAAAGAUCCUGCCUGGACCAGCAUGUGUCCUUGUCCAGGGCAGCCCAGGGCAGCAGCAACUACUUCCACAGCCUCUCGGCAGAGCACACUUGCUUCCGACGCAGCUGCUUUCCAGCCCCUUCUCUUUCCUUCAUUCUCCACGGCUCUCAUCCCCACUCCACCAACCUUUGUGCUGCGAACACUGUCAUUUUCCCCAACGCCGAUUAAACAGAAACAACCAGGAAAAAUAA